AUGACGAAGCGAAGGGCAGGAGUCGGUGUUGGUGUUGUCGACAACUUGCUCUACGCUAUUGGUGGUUGGGGUGGCGAACAUUCGAGUAGCGUUGAAAGGUAUAACGCAUUCUCCAACUCAUAA